CCACCCCUCUUUCUCUUGUCGAAUUACCGCACAUCUAUUUUCUUCUCACUGUCUAUACUUCUCUCGCCCGCACUUAUAUUAUAGCCAUUAUUGUCCGGACUUCCUGCCAAACCAAAUAGAACAGACGCCCAUUAGCAGUCACCGCGCAGUAGACGCUCAGAACUGGUUCUUCUCCACAUACAAACACGAUGAUUAACCCUCGGCUAGUGCGCAUGGUAGUGCUGGCGCUGGGCCUGACUGUGAUGCUGGUCGGGUUCCGCUCCACGCCUGAGAUCAUGAAGCAGCACGGCCCGUGGUCAGGCGCUGACAACUGGGCUAAAGUCACUGACCGCACGGCCGAGCCGCCACCGGCACCCACAGGCAACAGCACGGCUAGGCGACAGCGAGCUUGCUGCGUGCCGGCCCUAGUUGCACUGGACUUUACUGACGAGUUCAAGCGGAAGGUGAAGGCAAUCACAACCGCACCUGUGUACUUUGGCAAGGUGCCGUCGUCGCACUGGGGCCUGUCGCCGUACGUCGAGGAGCAAAAAGUCAAGGAGGCGCUCGAGUACAACAAGGACCGGUAUCUCUACGGCGGCAGCUUCAGCUACCGCGAGAUGUGCCGGUACCAGUCCGGAUUCAUCUACAAGCACCCGCUGCUGGCCAACCUCGACUACUACUGGCGGAUCGAACCGGAUGUCAGCUAUUUCUGCGAUCUUACCAAGGUGUACGGGUUCACAAUCACCCCGAUGGAGAAGCGGCUCACUGUUGAGACCCUGUGGAACACGACACGCCAGUGGAUGAUUGAAAACGAGCGCCUGCUACCCGAAAAGAGCCUGAUCCACUGGGUGGUUAACGAGAAGGCAAAGUACACGCUCUGCCACUUCUGGUCUAACUUUGAGAUUGUCGACUUGUCGUUCUAUCGCAGCGAGGCGUACGAGUCGCCGGCGGGUUCUUCUACUGAGCGCUGGGGAGAUGCACCAGUGCACUCGUUUGCUGCGUCUAUGCUGCUGCGCAAAGAGCAAAUGCAUUGGUUUGAGGAUAUCGGCUACGCGCAUCCUGGCUACACGCAUUGCCCGAAUAAGGCCGAGUUGGCGCAGCGCUGUGUCUGCGAUGAAAACGACGAACUACAUGUCAGCAAUAUCUGGAAGGACCAGGCGUUGCGACUGGCACAAAACAUUCUUGACUAGAUUUAUACUUUUAAAUGCGAAUAUCUUUACCUA